UAGCCGACUCUGGGAGGAAAGGUUUACCCUACCGCUGCCUCCCGGCCAGGAGAGGCAAUGAAGUAAUAACGGUCCCAGUGGGCUCCGAUUUCUCGGUUCUUCCCACCUGCCCCGAAGCCGAAAGCUGCCGCGAGACGAGCCCAGAGGGCUUGGCGUCGGGAGCCUGGAUGGUUCGUACUCACAGACCACCUACCUAGGCGGCGGGUCGGACUCCCGGCUAGCCGGCACCGCCCACCCCACCUGGAAUGGCUGGGGGCGGAGCCUGGGUAGCGGCGCGGUUUCCCGGGUGACGGCCGCGCGGAAGGGGAGGGGCUAGAGCCCCGGUUCCCACUUCCCGGCUCCUGGGGGCCGUGACAGGGAACCGUGGCCCCCGAGAGUCAGCCAGAAGCGGGGCAGAAGGGACAGUGCCAGAGACCGGCGGCUCCGGACCGGGUAACGCGGCCGGGCCACCUGCUCUCCCGCGGGUGCGAGCCCCUGGCCGCUCGUCGGAGGGCGGCAGCGCGGGUGGGCCAUGCUCCGGGACUCCCCGUCUCUGUGGGAGCUGGUAGAGGAGCACGUUCCGCUCCCGGAGCGGCCCGAAGUGAAGAGGAUUCUGGGGGAGACGACGGUGGACCUGAGCCUGGAGCUACGAGCAGAGCUCUCCUUGCAGGUGGUGAUGCUACAGUCACUGCUCCAAGAGGCUCGAUCCUCCCAAGCCUCAGACUCCCGCCCCACCUCCGAUCCCUCCUCCCUUCUGGCACCACCGCCCCUCCUAAGAGACCUCAUGCGCCAAGAACUGAGGCAGCUGCUCCUAGGCCUCCGCCAGAAGGCCAUCUGCGAGGGCAGGGACCAGACCCAGGCUUGGGUUCAGUAUAGCCCCAGGGUCCUGCGCUUUGCCUUGGAGGAGCCUAGGUGUGAUUUGCCAGAACAGGAGGUAUUGCAGAUGAGAGCUGGUGAACCCAGCAGCGGUCAGAGGGACCUCAGCAUCAUCAAGGACCAACUGAAUGUGUCCAGUAUCGACCAGGUUGCUGGACACCUGCGUCUGAGUCCAAGCCAGCCACCCCCUCACCAAGAAGGACCUUUCAGGAGAGCUAGUGUCCCCCCCACCCCUAUGGGCUGCCUGAGCCUGUUUGGGGGGCCCUGCCAUGGGGAUCUUGGCCUCUGCACCCUGCCCUGCCCCACCCAUGCUUCAGGCCAGGCACUGAGCCAGCUCUCCCGGCAGCGCUGCCUGGAAGAGGAGUACACAGGGGCACCCCAGCCCUCCGAGGCAAGCCUAGUGCCCACCCUGGCAGAGCUGAAGGAGCAGAAGGCAGCCAUGCGUCGGGAGCUGCAGGCACUUCCCAGGUCCUCCCAUGUCUCCUCCAGCCUCAGGCAGCAGCCCGUGGGAUCCUUCAGCCCAGGUCUCAGACCCCGGCCUUGCCCCCUCCGGAAGGCUGGGGUUUGGACAGGGCCUGGCCAGUGCUGCCUGCCUGCCCCGCCUCCCGAGAGCUGCCCCCGCCCCCGACACCUGGCUACCACCUGCCGCUGGGGCCGGAAGCUUCAGGGCAGCCCUGGGGAAAGGCCAGUGUCUACUCCAGCAUCCAGCGCUACACCCCAGGCCCCCACCUGAAGGGCUGAUCAUCAAGUAGGCCUUGGCGUCUGCUGGAACUCACCCCGUCCGCUGCUGCCCACCCCUCAGCUGCUGUGGCCCAGCCUGCUUCAGAUCUAGUCUUGGAUGGGCCCGAGCCAGGACGCAAGGCUCUCGUCUGUCUGGCCCUUCUUGCCCCACCCCCUCGCUGAGCCCCUGGUGUCUGGUUCUGACCACCAGAGCCUUUGGCCUUUCUUCUCCCGGUCCUCCACAAAGGCCUGGCAGGCAGAGGUCUCAUCUCAGCCCCGACUCUUGUCCCCCUGGGGGACUCAGACAAAGCACAGCAGCAGCUCAGAGACAGGAAUAGAAAUUUCAUUAAAAUCUAUGGACUUUAAAA